AAAGCUUACCCAACGUUCAGUUUGUUUCAGUUAACCCGCGGAGAAACUUCGAAACAACAAGAGCUUAAGCUUCAAUGAAAAGUGAAAAGUCGUAGUGUUUGUUGGUUUAUUUUGUUUUAUCGGGCUCAGAGUCAAUGUGCUAAUAAGAUUAACUGCUUAACGGUAUCGCGUCAGUAGCACUCAUUAUUGUUUUGAAAUUGGACAACGAGUGCAUAUGCUUAUUCUAUGUGCGGUCGAUUGCUUUGCCUUUUAUAUUUGGUUAUGAUUCGCGUUUAUUAUUACCAUAUUAAAACGGAAUAUAUAAUAAUUCGUUUGCAUUAGUGAAAGUGUGGUAAUAGCUUUGUGUACAUCGGAGCUAAGCAGUUGCAGAAAGAGUGUUACAGAUCUCGGAGACAUGCCAAUGCAUAUGCAUAUGGGCUUAAAGUGCAGCAAAAUAUAAAACAAAAUUAACUUAACACUGUGAAAAGUUAAUCCAUAAAUUUGAAUAAGUCGUUAAUCUAAAACCAAUCCUACUUCCCCGACUCAUAAGAGCUCACAUUAAAAUUUGUUAUGAGCCAGCUGAGAUAAGAUGCGGAACGAAGUCACACAAAAUACCAUUCUGGGAGCUGGCUAGAGGACUAAUAGCCAGGUAUGUAUAGGGCACAAUAUUACCUUCCUUAAUGGAUUUCCUGCUGAUUUUAACAUAGAAGGCCUGCAUGAGGUAACACCUGCAGGAUUGGUUGAAUAUAUACAUAACUACACCAAUUGGGAUCUAUUGGGCUUACGAAUGGCUGGAGAAAUGCCCAUUAAGCCUUGGGACGGUCUGCGAUACGCUUUCGAAUCGUGCGAUGCUAUGCUUAGUGAUGCUGAGACGAAAGAGCUGACCAAUCGGAGCUUUGACUUAGCCAUACUGGAUGGAGCUUUCCCGGAGUGCUUUUUGGGAUUGAUGUACCAGUUUAAGAUCCCGUUCAUGUACAUAAAUACAGUAGGCUUUUACACAGGCAGUCUCUCGACUGCUGGAAAUCCCGUUAGUUACGCUAUAACUCCAAACUUUUACUCCCGAUUUACCGACACAAUGAGCCUCUAUGAACGGGCAAUCAACACAGCCAUGCAGAUCGGGCAAAACCUGAUGCACAUGUACGUUAUGCGGCGAACACAUCUUGUUCUGCGAGAGCAUUUAGGUGCCCACAUUCCGCAUCCUUACGACAUUUCGCGCAACGUUAGCUUUAUUUUGCAGAAUGGACACGCAAUUCUGUCUUAUAAUAGAGCCUUUAACCCGAAUGUGGCUGAGGUUGCUUGCAUUCACUGUAAGCCAGCUAAAAAACUUCCCAGGAACCUCGAGGACUUCGUCUCGGCUUCCGGAGUCUCGGGAUUCAUUUAUGUUUCCAUGGGAUCUUCAGUAAAGGCUGCGAAUAUGCCAGAGGCACUGCGCCACAUGCUUGUAAAGACCUUUGCACGCCUGCCGUAUCAUGUGUUAUGGAAGUACGAAGGCAGUUCCGCAGAUUUUAAAGACCUCACUUCAAAUGUAAAGCUUUUGCGAUGGCUACCGCAACAGGACAUUUUGGGACAUCCCAAGCUUCGAGCAUUUGUAACACAUGGAGGCUUGCUAAGCAUGUUUGAGACGGUAUAUCACGGAGUGCCAGUCGUCACGAUGCCGGUAUUUUGCGAUCAUGAUGUCAACUCAGCUAAGGCCGAGGUCGAUGGUUAUGCAAUUAAACUUGAUCUUCAAACGCUUUCGACCAAUCAGCUUUACAAGGCUAUUAUGAAAGUGAUUCAUGAUCCUCGCUACAAAAAUGCAGCUCGGUAUCGCCAAAAACUCUUGCUCGACCAGCGCUCAACAGCCCUGGAGACAGCGAUAUACUGGACAGAGUACGUGCUGCGUCACAAAGGCGCCUAUCACCUACAGGCUCCUUCACGGAAUAUGACUUGGUGGCAGUACUAUCUACUCGAUGUGGCUGUUAUUUAUUUAAUUUUACUUUACGGGCUGAUUUUAUUAUUAAAACGCAUAGACUUUCGGUCUAAAAAGCUACGGAGCCUUCAUUUGCUGAUGUCUGCUUCUUAUUCAGAAGUAAAAACGAAGUCGAAAAAAAUGUAACAGAUCGCUAGAUAUCCCAUUGGGCUGUUUAAAAAUUUAAGAGGAUUUAUUGUGAUUUAAAAGCGUUCAAAUAAGAAUAUAUUAGAAGCUGA